UCUCACGGUUGGAGCGGUUUGGGUACUGUAACGUCUGGAGAAGAUUCAUUUUUUCCACCAUUUCGAAGGAAUAACACGAAAUUCCUUUUAAGGGUUGGAUGCGCAACACCCUCCUUGGGCUGGAUUUAUUUUUCAAAACUCUGAUUUAGAUUCUUUUCAUUUCCUUUCCAAAAAUCCCCAUUCAUUACCAUGGGAUCCCAGGCAUCAAAGGGAGGAGUGGCUGUUGAGGGGAAAGCUGCCGCUGCUGACCCGGCUGCCGUCAAGACAAACGGACAGGAGAACGGCCAUGUCAAGACCAAUGGUGAUGUCAAGGCAGAGGGUGAUGCUGCGGCCACGAACGGCUCAGCCGAGGCCGCCAAGGAGGAAGGGGCCGGGGACGCGAUCGAGCCUGCGCCCGCGGCGGAGGGCGAUGCUGCCAAGCCAGAGGGCGAGGCCGCCAAGGAGACCCCCAAGAAGAAGAAGAAGAAGUUCUCCCUGAAGAACUCCUUCAAGUUCAAGGGCAUCUCCCUGAAGAAGAACAAGAAGGAGAAGGAGGUGAAGGAGGAGCCCGCUGCCGCAGCCGCAUCUCCCGUGGAGGAGAAGGCUGAGGAGGCCGCCCCAGCCGCCGCCGCCGCCACCCCCGAGGAGAAGAAGGAGGAGGCCAAGCCUGAGGAGGCCGCCCCUGCUGCUGCCGCUGCUGAGGCCCCUAAGGCGGAGGAGGCUGCCCCGGCCAAGGCCGAGGAGGCCCCAGCCGCCCCCAAGGAAGAGGCAGCUGCCCCAGCCGCCGCUGCCGCCGCCCCUGCUGAGCCCACAAAACCCACAGAGGAGACCAGCUCAACACCCGCACCAUCCGAACAGAAAGAGUGAUUGUACUUCACAAGGACCACGAACUGUUUUUCAAGAAAAAAAAAUACAAAUAUAUAUAUAUAUUUAUAUAUAUGUGUAUAUGUAUACAUAUGUAUAUAUACAUGGAUAUAUGUAUAUGUAUAUAUACACAUGUAUGUGAAAAAAAGACUCCUUGUGCCACUUUCUUUAAGAAUAAUAACAACAGACAAAACUAGAUUCACUAGUUCACUUCCCUGAUUAUGGUUCAAUGAUCUGGAACGCAGCUGAUCCACACAGAUGGGGACUCAGUGUCAGGAGGGGGUUGAACACGUGUGUAAGAGUUGGAGUCCAGAGCGGGCAUCUUUCAACAGCUUCACAGAUGCUAACAGUGUUUGUUCAACAAGAAAGGCGAGAGGUGUAACAGGCACCUCGCAAAAAGUGACUGUUUAGAGGGGCAAAAAAAGAGGAAAUUGAGAAAAAAAGCUGAGAAAAAAAUAAAGACUUGCCAACUUUCUACAUUCCUAUAUUUUAACCCAAAUUUAAGUAUUUUGUGGUGUAUAGAGAACCAUUUUAAAUAUUCAGAAGGCUUUGUCUUGUUUGUUUAAAAAAAUCGCAAUUUAAUUUUCAUCUUGGCUAAACAGAAAAAAAGAAAACACAUUUGAGCUUGCUAUGUUCACAUUUGAAGUUUUAAAAGAAGCAGAGUUGUUAUGUGUUAAAUGUGAGCCUUGAUCUGCUUUUUUGUCUCUGUAAAUACGUUUGACCGAUUUUGUUCUUUAUUUUGCUAAUGUUUAAAGAUGUUACUGGUUUUAUUGUAAAGUUGAUAAUGGUAAAUAAAUGUUGGUUACCUACUUA